UGCAGGAUGAGUAGGAGAUACUUACAGAAAGCAACAAAAGGAAAACUGCUAAUAAUAAUAUUCAUUGUAACCUUGUGGGGGAAAGUUGUGUCCAGUGCAAACCAUCAUAAAGCUCACCAUGUUAAAACGGGCACUUGCGAGGUGGUGGCACUCCACAGAUGUUGUAAUAAGAACAAGAUAGAAGAACGGUCACAAACAGUCAAGUGCUCCUGCUUCCCUGGGCAGGUGGCAGGUACCACACGAGCUGCUCCAUCUUGUGUGGAUGCUUCAAUAGUGGAACAGAAAUGGUGGUGCCAUAUGCAACCAUGUCUUGAGGGAGAAGAAUGUAAAGUUCUUCCAGAUCGGAAAGGAUGGAGCUGUUCCUCUGGGAAUAAAGUGAAAACAACUAGGGGGAAAGCUGACUACUGUUUAGAACUGGAUAACUGGGGGCUAGAACAGAAUAAUGCUUUAUAA